CUUUUGUGCUUGGGCUCCUGCCAGGGCUGACCUAGUGAGGGUGGCGUUUGGGCUCUCCCCCCGGUGGUGUGUCCUCAGGCCCUGGGGCGACCUUGGUCUUGGUGAAGGCCCCGCAGGAGCCAGGCCCAGGAUGAGCUGCCCAGUUCCUCCUCAUAGGGCUGGCAGACAGCCCCUCGUCCGAAGCGUCGCCCCUCUCUCAGAUGAGCAGCCCCACUGUGGAAGACCUGGACCUCCUCCUGGCCAGCCCCCAGCCCUUGAGCCCAGGGGACAUCUCGGAGCAGUGUGGCUCAAGCCACCUGCUUGUGUCCAACUCCUUGGGGCCUGAGCAGGGCACUGCCAAGUGCUGGCUUCAGCUGGAGCAGCGGGUGGCCGCCUUACAGGCCGAGGUGGCAUACCUGCGGGACCACAAGGAGCGCUGUGAGCAUGCCACACUGAGCCUGCUGCGGGAGCUGCUGCAGGUGCGGGGCCGCCUACAGCUGCAGGACUCCGAGCUGAAGCGGUUGCAGCUGUUGAUCCAGGCCCCUGAGAAGGAAAUGCUGGAGCUCCACGGUCCCCAGAACCAGAUGCAGACCCUGGAUAAGAGGCUGGUGGAGGUCCGGGAAGCUCUGACUCAGGUCAGGAGGAGGCAGGCACUGCAGGACACGGAGCGGAAGGGUGCCGAGCAGGAGGCCCGGGGCAGGCUGGCCAAGCUGACUACUCUGCUGAGGCAGGAGGAGCAGGCUCGGGAGGCAGCCUGUACCAGUCUGCACAGGAGCCAGGAAGACAUCGGCCAGAGGGUGGACGAGCAGGCGGCCAGGAUACAGGCGCAGGUGACCAAGCUCGGUGAGGAGAUGAGUCUGCGGUUCCUCAAGAGGGAAGCCAAGCUCUGCGGCUUCCUGCAGCGGAACUUCCAGGCCUUGGAGCAGAGGGUGAAGGCGUCCGAGAGCGCGCGGCUGAAGGCCGAGGACAGCCUGCGCGAGGAGCUGGACGGCCGCUGGCAGAAGCUGCAGGAGCUGAACGAGGAGCGCGCGCAGGCACAGCGCGAGGUGGACGCUGGGACCGCCCUGCGCGGGAGGGGUCUGGGGCCACACAGGCGCAUGGAACCCCUGUGUGCGAGUGGCGCACAGGCAGGCUGGGUGCCCAGGCGGACCCUGGGGCUCAGGGCCGCCUCGCUGCAGCAGGAAGGGGGCCGCCUGCUGGCACAGUGCCGGGGCCUGGAUACCGCCGUGGUCCAGCUCACCAAGUUUGUGCGGCAGAACCAGGUGUCCCUGAACCGCGUCCUCCUGGCAGAACAGAAAGCCCGGGACACCAAGGCGUGUGCAGAAGAGAGCCAAGCUGGGGAGUUGGCCUCCUAUGUGAAGGAGGGCUUGCAGGCUGUGCGACUGGCUGGGGAGCGUGCGCAGCAGGAGACUCAGAGUGCACUAGAGCUGCUCCGUGUGAAGAGCCAGGCCCUGGAGCAGGCUACAGCCGACCUGGGACUGCAGGUCAAGGACCUGAGUGACCACUGCCUGGCCCUGGGCUGGCGGCUGGAGCUGCAGGAGCAGACCCUGGGCCUGAGGCUGGCGGCGGUACAGACAGAAUGGGAGGGGGCAGGACGGAAGUCCCUGCAGGACCUGGCCGUGUGGCAACAGCAGGUCGCCGGGCAGCUGCAGGAGCUGCGGGAGAAGUUGGAUGGCUUCCCGCUGCAGAUUGAGGAUAUUUCAGACAAGUGCUGCCUGCACAAGAAUGACUCGGACUUGAAGAUCUCAGCGGAAGUCAGGGCCAGAGAGCUGGAGGUGGGGGCUAUGCGGCAGGAGCUGGCCACCCUGCUGUCAUCCAUGCAGCUGCUGAAGGAGGACAACCCAGGCCGCAAGAUUGCCGAGAUCCAGGGCAAGCUGGCCACGUUCCAAAGCCAGAUAAUAAGGCUGGGAGACAGUGUCCAGGCCCAUAAGACCUUGCAGAACCUCAAGUUCAACGCAGAGACCAAGCUGCGCACAGAGGAGAUGAGUGCACUGCGGGAGAGCGUGCUGCGCCUGUGGAGCGAGGAGGGCCCCUGGGCGCUGACACUGGGCAGCAGGCGGCUGCUCAUGUCCCUGGUGAGGCAGCGGUUCUUCAUCAAGGACCUGGAUCCCAGUGAACCGGCCCCUGUGAACCAGUGGGGCGUGUACCAGGCCGUGAGGUGGCUGCAGUGGAAGUCUGUCCUCGUGAAGCAAGUGCCCCAGCGGAGGCCAGCAAGAGGCAGCUCCGAGGAAGGUGGCAGCCGGGAGCCUGUGGCCCUGCCCACCCGCUUGCCCCAGUCCCAGAAAUAAAUGCUAGCUCUUAGCUCCUA